ACGAGAAGGGGUAUAAAAUCACAGCACAUAACACAAUUUGGGAAUAUUGGCGGGGAAGAACUUCAGAGGAGGCAUCAAGUUCACGCCAAAAAUCAGAGAACCUAUGGAGUCAGCGAUGAUUGAGCAACAACAAGGAAGUAGCGAUGCUGGGAGGGGAAAGGGGCUGACGACGGAUAAAACACGUCGUAGUUGGACACCGAGGGAGGAAGAAGUAUUGUUGGCUUCCCUAAAGGAGCUGGUGGUGCAAGGCUGGAAGGCAGAUAAUGGAUUCAGGGCCGGAUAUCUCAGUAAGCUCGAGGAAGCUAUGCGAAAGGAAUUCCCGGACACUGACUUGAAGGGGAUGCCCCAUAUCAACUCCAAAAUAAGUGCCUGGAAAAAAAACUAUAACUCGCUCUCACUGAUUCUAACUGACAGCGGCAUCGGCUUCAACGUCAAGGGAACCUUUAUGAUUGACUGCAAAUAACGAACAGUGGGAGAAUAUUGUCAAGAGUUAGCCCAUGUUUGAUCUUUGGAAAGAGGUAUUCGGGAAGGACCGGGCAACUGGAGCUAAUGCCGAGGAUCUGAUGGAGGCAUUGCAUCAUAUGUAUUCAGCCGAUAACCUUGCAAAUAGAGGCAUUGAUGGUGCAAACCACAUCCCAACAGAGGAGGAGACAGCUACUGAGGAUGGAGCGGAUAACGUUUGCCAAGGAGACAAAAGACGAUCAGCUGAUCGAGUUUCAAACAAAAAACGCAAGACACGUGAUGAGAUGACCGGGGUAUAUGCCAUGCUUGGAGAAAUAGGCCGUAACACUGGAGAAAGACUCGCCGAUCUUGCCACUCGUGUCGGUUACGAGUUUGAUCUCGGGCAGGCGAGACAACAUGUGUUUGAGCAGCUUGGUAAGAUCCCCGGCCUCGAUAUCACUCAAAAGUUCGACAUCUGCGAGAUAUUGGCCGACAAGGUGCAGCGAUUGGAGAUAUUCAUCGGGCUGCCGGAUGAAGCUAAAAUCCAAUACGUGGCGUAUCUACUGCAAACCAAAGGCACUCAAGGAUGAAAGCAACGAAGCAACCUCUUUUGAAGCUUGUGUUUAUUUCUUUUGAUGAAGAAACCUCUAUCUAAUGCGUGUUUUUAUUACUGAUCUAUUGUGUAUAUAUGUAGCAGCUUGCAUCUAGGACAUCUAUGCCGUUGAAAUGUUGAUAUGUGUUUCGGCGUUGUUUGCUAGUAGUGUUCAAAACUUAUCUGAUAUUAUCUAUAUAAAUUAUGGGUUGUUCUUAAA